AUGUUCUGCGUCCGCUGGUUCUCCGGACAUUGGCAUGCUCCCGGCAAGCCCCACGAUGCAAAAUCUCGACUCAACUUUCUUUCAAUCUCAUUUUUGGGUCUUUCAUCUUUCACUGCAAAGGUUGCCGGGGCCGCAGUCACGACUAUCACGAAUCCCCAAAAUCUGACUUCUUUGUUUAUUACCCACGAUCAAGGUUCAUAUCCUUGGUCAUUUUGUUUUAUGCUUGGCAUUUGUGUCUCGCGGUGA